AUGACAAUGAUGAUGAUGGUUGCGGACUCCCCCUAUUCUCCUUCUGUACCCGUGAACAGCUGCUAUGCCGUGCAAUGCGGAACGUGCGGCAAGACGACGUGGAAGGGGUGCGGCCAACACGUCGAGUCGGUGCGUACACAGAUCAUUGUUGCACAUGUCUGGGCAGGAGGAUGCCCCUUUAUGUAG